CGGAGGUUAUUUGUUUCACUUUUUACUUCUCAGUUCACCCUGAUUUGGCGGAAUAGAAUGGAGGACUUUGAAGAAGGGGAAUUGCUGGAGUCAGAUGAAGAGCAGAAUGAUGACCUCCACCGUACUGAUGUGACCAAGCCUUCAGACAGCAUUGAGAACAGAGGGGCCUGGGGCAGCAGACACCCUGUCCCUAACUACAGGUCCACUGGGAAGCUCACUCUGUCCAGCUCAGAGGACAGCAGUGAUAGCGAACGAGAGGAAGAUGAUGACGAAUUGUUGUUUAAAAGAAAAAAGAGCAGACAGUCUGACAAAAAUGGCCACGGAAUGGACUUUCAACCAAGUGCUACAUUUCAGAACCCACUUUUGAACAAAAGUCAGCCAAGUUGGGUAGGAAUGAUGUCCAAGCAGAAACACAGAAAUAACAUUUGGGGGAGUGUGCUACAGGAACAAACUCUCAGCCAAGGUUUGGGAGGGUUUGGUGUUGAUCAAAGUAAAACAGACUUGAAAAGUGACAGGAGCGUGGAAACUUAUGACUACACAAAAGCUGCAGAAGACCACAGACCUAUCAUUGAAGCUGGGGAUGAUGGGACAGUAGUGUCCAAUGAUCCGUUUGAUCAGGUACUCCAGACAGAUCACUCUGCUUUGGAAAAAAACAUGCAGUCAAGGACAGGCAUUGACAGGAAAAGAAAGAGACCUAUCAGAGAUAGACUAGGAUCUUUUUCUCAUGAUAAACACAAAUCAAGGGAUCACAUCAAGGUGACGGAAGAUGAUCCAGAGGAAAAAGUUGUCAGUGCUAUUACGGUGGCUUUAAAUGAACCAAAGAAGGAGUUGAUGGAGCGCGUGGUAAAAGUGGUGGGUGUGAAGAAGGCCAUUCAGUUACUGUAUGAGACUGAAGAUGUGGAGGAUGCUGGGGGAUUAUGGAUCAAUGACGGUUCCAGAAGAAGAACACCAGGGGGCGUCUAUCUACAGCUGCUGAAGGCGGACCCAAGUGUCACCAAGGACCAUUUGAAAGACAUCUUUAUCGAAUCAUUUAUGUAUGACAAAGAAAAACAAAAAGAGGCAAAGAGACGUAAAAGAAGAAGGAAGGCAGAGGAAGCCCGGAGAAGAAUGGAAAUUGGUUUGAGAACCAUGGAUGCUAAAGGACACGAAACCAAUUUGGAGGAAAAGACUAGUGACAGAAAAGACUACAGUGGGAGUGACAAUCCACGUUUUAUGCACUGUGAUCCAGACAAUGAAAUGGAUGAAGACAGGGAUGAAAGUGACGAUGAAAUAAAAGACUUUGAAUCAUUACUCAGAAAACACAAAGAAGUGCAAGAGAAAAAGAAAACUGAGGUUAGCAACAUGGAAAGUCAGAUCACGGAAGUGUCUGGUAUAAAUAUGGAGAAUGAAGAUGUGGCCGAGCCGGAAAUUAGCAUUGACAUCGAGGAGGGGGAAUCCAUUGACUGAUGAUACUCAUUGUGCUUUCAUUUAAGGCUGUUGAUCAACUUUGUGUUUCAUUUGUAAUCAGCGAAAAAGAGCAUUUGUGGAAUUAUGUCAGGCAUUGACAUUGAAGAAGCUUUGUCUGUGGCAAUAAAAUUAUAAGUUUGGUUAGAUA